AUGUACCUAUCACCCUGGCGAACCCUACUUGUAAGUACUACUCGAGAGCCACGCAGUGUUCGAUGGUAUGGAACUGGCAAGAAGGUAGCUAGGAUAGCGAUAGUUGGAAGUGGCCCUGCAGGUUUAUUUUCUUGUGGGUCAUUGUUACGACGUUUGCCAGACAGCAAGUUCGACGUGUUCGAUGCAGCUCCCGUUCCGUAUGGCCUUGUUCGGUAUGGUGUUGCACCAGAUCAUCAAGAGGUGAAAAACUGUACGAACAUUUUUGAUCGGAUGUUCGAGACCAAUCGCGAUCGUCUGUCGUUGUUCUGUAACGUGAGGAUAGGGUCCGACGUUGCUGUGGAGGACUUGACAAAGAAUUAUGAUGCCAUCUUGCUUGCGUACGGGGCUCAUCGACCGCGUCCUCUAGAUAUACCUGGAUCAAGUUCGACAAACGUAAUAUCGGGAUCAGACUUUGUCUCCUGGUAUAACGGAGUUCCUAAUGCUAAGGCCCCCCUUUUGGAUGACCCUAAUGUCGUAAUAGUUGGAAACGGCAAUGUCGCCCUUGAUUGCGCAAGGAUACUAUCUACUGCGAAACUGCUCGGAAAUACCGAUAUCCCGUCAGACGUUCUUGCUGUACUCGAGAGUUCUAAAGUGACAAAUAUUAAAAUUGUUGGACGAAGAGGCCCUGAGAAUGUUUCUUUUACCAUCAAAGAACUGCGUGAGCAAUUCAAGGUUCCUGAAUGGGACACCACUGUAGAAAUGGAUGAAGAGCAGGUUAAACAAUUGGAAGAGACUCUACCAAAAAUGGCUAGGCCAAAGAAAAGGCUGAUGAAGGUUUUACUUGAUGGAGUGAGGUCUCCAAAAGGAGAGAGGCAAUGCCGAUUUCUGAGUUUUAGAAUACCAGAAGCAGUUCUACCUAAUAGUGAUGGCCGUAUUUCUGCUGUAAGAUUUUUGAACAAGCGCACGGGCUGUAACGAAGAAAUGCCAUGUGGUUUGCUUAUAUACAGUAUAGGGUUCCAGACAGUGGUGCUAGAUGGGCUGCCGAAAAACGAUAAGGGCAUGAUAGCAAUGAGAGACGGGAGCCGCGUGGAUAUGCCUGGCGAUGCAUUCGUUUAUGCGGCUGGAUGGUGCGCCCAUGGACCGCGAGGUGUGAUUGUUGAUACACAACAGGAAGCUGUGGCUGUGGCUAGCCGUAUAGCCGAGGAUAUCACGGCCAGAGAGGACAUUGGUAUAUCUACUAAUAAAGGCAUCGACUAUCUGACGUUCGAUGAAUGGAAGAAAAUAGACGAAGCAGAAGUGAAACAGGGAGCUGAGAAGGGAAAAGUACGCGAAAAAAUGAGGACGUUCAGUGGAUUCCUUCGUAGGCAUUAA